CAGACGGCCAGACCUGCGGCCGCACGGAUCCCAGCCUGCGAGGCCUCAGGCUUCCUAGAUCUGCCUUCGCUAUGCCCCCAGCAGCGCCCAGGGGGCGCCCCUACCCUGGCUCAGGGCGAGCAACCUCUACUACUGCUAGUCUCUCCCUUCCAGCGCCCCCACUCCCUGGCCAGCCGACGAGAGCUUCGCCCAGCGGUCCUCAGCCCCGGAGGCCCCAGUGAGGCAGAGGCGGUUCCCCUUGGCCUGCAAAUGUGAAGCCACACCCCCAUCUGCUUCCUUCCCGGCGCGGGGCUUUGUGGUCUCAGCGGCCUCCGUAGCCCCGCCCACCGGGCAAGCGGUCCUAGAGCGCCGACGCCUCUUAGCAUGAAGCCACCGCAGCGGCGGCGAGCGGCCCCGGCACGCUAUCUGGGCGAGGUGACCGGUCCCGUGGCCUGGAGCCCCCGUGAGAAGCGGCAGCUCCUACGACUACUGCAGGCGCGGCGGGGCCAACCGGAACCAGACUCUGCCGAGUUGGCCCGGGGACUGCGGGGCCGGAGCGAGGCUGAAAUCCAGGCCUUCCUCCAGCAGCUGAAAGACCGAGUGGUCCGGGAGGCCAUUCAGAGAGUGCAUCCUGGUGGCCCAGGACGCAGAGAGGCACAGCCCCCAGCUCCCAUAGAGGUAUGGAUGGAUUUAGUUGAGAAGAUAACAGGCCCACUGGAGGAAGCCUUGACAGCAGCUUUCUCCCAGGUGCUCACCAUUGCAGCCACAGAACCUGUCAGUCUCCUGCAUUCCAAACCCCCCAAGCCCACACAAGCCCGUGGAAAGCCACUGAUCCUGAACAUCACUGGGGGGCAGAAGGACACCACCCCGGAGGCCCCUGGCCCUGCCUCUGAGACACCUGCCAAAUCCCCGACUGGCCCUGCUGCUGAGGGAGACAUCACUGUGGACUUUGAGAAGAUUUACAAGUACCUGUCCUGCUCCUCCCGGAGGGCUCAUGGCCCAGAGCUCUCAGCAGCUGAGUCAGCUGUGGUCCUUGACCUGCUCUUGUCGCUUCCCGAGGAGCUGCCCCGCCUGCCCUGCACGGCUUUGGUUAAGCAUAUGACUGAAGCAUAUGCUCACCUGAUGGCCCCACAACCUAGUCCCUCUGGGAGAAGCCCCAGACCUGGGGCUGAGGAUGGCAGGACUUGCUCCAGCGGGCCCGAGGAGCCCAGCCAGGCCAUCCCCCAACCCCCUGAGCAGGCCACACCCAGAGAACUGAGAUCAGCCUGGCAAACAGCUGGGAUCUGCCCCUUAAACCCAUUCCUGGUGCCUCUGGAGCUCCUGGGCCAGGCAGCCACCCCUGCAAGGUGAGGGGCCCAGCUGGUGUUGGGAACACCUGAAUUAGUCUGACCCUCAGUGUUUUGUAGCCAUCACUGGGUUGUCAUGAGGAUUAUUUUAGAAGGUCCUUGACAUGGUGCUUGACCAUGGUCUAGCCUUCAGAUGCUUUACAUGUCAGGGACCUCAGAAGUAAGACUGCAGUUGUAUAGCGGACCCCUGGGGACAGCCAGGCAGCUGGGCUAAUGGAGAAUAGGGAUGUAGGACUCUACAAACAUCCUGAACCCCUGCACAGGCAGAUGGAACCGACCUGCCAAACCCAGCUUCCGUGUUCUCUGCCAGGAGAGCUGUAGCUGGUACCCCAUGCUGUGACCUCCGCACAUGCCCUCCUUUGUCUAGGUUUUCAUUAUUUUCGUUUUCAGCCCUCUUCACCCACCUCUCUUCAGUGUUCACCACUGCUGGCCCCUCACUUCUUCCUAGGGUGUCCUGUGGCCUUGAAUAAAGUUCUCAUCUACCUGU